AUGGCCUCUCAAUCCAACGGCACCUCUCCGCCCCUCCGUCAGUAUUCCCCCACACCCCCACAUUAUCCAGACGAACGGCUACUAAAUCCCGUAGAGAGGAUCGACUCGCAACCUGAGAACCCCUUUUCGCAGCUCAUUACCGACCAGCAUUAUGCCGUUAUUCCUUCCUUCACGCUGGAAUCUGGCGUGACGCUGUAUAGUGUUCCGGUGGCGUAUACGACGCGAGGUCAACUGUCCCCGAACGGCGACAACGUUUUGGUCAUUUGUCAUGCAUUGAGUGGCAGCGCAGAUGUAGCGGAUUGGUGGGGUCCCCUGCUAGGAGGCCCCGGUCAGGCAUUUGACACGUCGCGGUUCUACGUUGUCUGCCUGAACAGCUUAGGCAGCCCGUACGGAAGUGCUAGUGCUGUCACUCACAAGGAUGGCGACCCUGAAAAGGGUCUGUACGGACCUGAGUUUCCUCUCACCACUGUACGCGAUGAUGUGAGGAUCCAUAAAAUCGUCUUGGAUGACUUGGGUGUGCAACAGAUUGCGGCUGUGAUCGGUGGCUCCAUGGGCGGUAUGCUCACUCUGGAAUACGCAUUCUUUGGCAAAGACUACGUGCGCGCUAUUGUGCCAAUUGCGACUUCCCCACGCCAUUCCGCAUGGUGUAUCAGCUGGGGUGAAGCCCAGCGGCAGAGCAUCUACAGUGAUCCGAAGUAUGAUGAUGGCUAUUAUCCGUUCGAUGACCCCCCAACGACGGGACUCGGUGCGGCUCGUAUGUCCGCUCUCCUCACCUACCGGAGCCGCAAUUCGUUUGAGUCUCGGUUUGGUAGAAACGUACCGGACCCAUCCAAGCGCCAAAAUAUCAAUGGGACCGAGAAACUGCCUACCCCGCCUAAUGAACAUUGGGCCAUCCACAACGAUGGCCACAAGAGUGGACGGACCACUCCAGGCGAGCCAGCCACUCCAGGGCUGAGGCAACUAGCUGAGGUCCAAUAUAUGGAUCCCCAGUUCUCUGGGACCAAAACUUACAGCAAACCCAUCGACACUACCGCGAAUGGAGACCGCUCGAAGCGGCCUGCGACGUACUUUUCAGCCCAGUCAUACCUCCGGUAUCAGGGUGAGAAGUUUGUCAAGCGAUUUGAUGCCAAUUGCUACAUUGCAAUUACACGGAAGCUUGAUACGCACGAUGUGUCGAGGCACCGGGUUAGCCCAAUCUCUGCGGAUCCUGUAAAGGAGGCGUUGUCACAAGUCCAACAGCCAGCGUUGGUCCUGGGAAUCGAAAGUGACGGGUUGUUCACCUUCGAGGAACAGGAGGAGAUAGCAGCAGGUAUUCCGGACUCACGGUUAAAGCGAAUUGAAAGCCCAGAGGGUCACGAUGCCUUCCUUCUUCAAUUUGAGCAGGUUAACCGCUACAUCCUUGAGUUCUUCCGGGAGGUUCUACCGGAUAUCAUGUCGAAAACUCCGGCCGAAGGUGUAGCCGUCACGGAUGGGGUAAACAAGCUAGCCAAGAGCAGUACGUUUGGGGAAGCGGAGGUGGAAGAUAUUACCGCCUGGUAG